UAUGAUGCACUAAGUGGCAGUCAGAGUGGAAUGCCUAUCAUCUUGCACCAUAGAUGUCCCAAUUGCUGCCGUUCGCUUCACCCGGGACGAGAAGAGAAUGCAAAGUGACGAAAGUGAACAUGAAAAAUUAAUCAAUAAUCGCGUGAGCAAAAACGGGCUGUAGUUUUGAAACCCUGCCAAUUGAAGAUUGAUCGGUUUGUAUUGUGUUUGAGAUAUUUGAAGGUUGAUUAUGCAGCGUAAGCUCAGUUCGACGAGAAUGUGAAAGAAGAAAAUGCAAACGAGAUUGAAUUUAUUCUAGCGAGCAAAGGCCACAUAAGCCCUGUGUAGUUUGUCUGUAUACCAGCCAUAGUAGUGGCUAAUAUAACCUUCUCAGAAGUGUGACAAUUACUAUGAAAUGAGGAGCUAAAAAUUAUUAAUUUUAAAGCAACAUUCGUCCUAAAGUGUUAAUUUGUCCGCUUGUAUGCCAAACCUGUGGAUUAAACAGCAGAACAUCCAACCAUAAAGAUCAGUCAACUGUAUAUCUAACCAUAAGAGUAAAAUUCCAAGAUGCCGAUUGUCAACAUACUGAAGCGUGCGUCAAGCUACAUCAUGGGUAGUGAUGAUGAUGGCGAGGAAAGUAAUGAACUCGUUUACGAAGACAAUGAAGUUCUCUUCUGUAAGAACAACAUUUGCGUCCAUCCUCCAGCGGUCGUUCGCCAGGAGUCUGACAUCUUACAUUACCCCGGAUAUUUGACUGUUACUACUAAAACCUUCAUCGAUCAGUAUAACAAUGCCAAGAGACCUACACUGUUUCUUACAUGGAUUCCAAAUUCUACCUUACGCAAAUGUCCUUCAACAGUAGAAAAUUGUGGUUUCUUUCGAACGAACAGUUUUAACGAGAACAAACUGAAGCAACACCAGCAACUUCAGCAGCAUUCACAAAAAGAUGCUCAGCCACAGAAACCUGAUACGGUCCAGUAUCAUCCAGAGAAAUCUGAUGGAAAUCCAUUUACAACUACCAUAAAAAUUGCCAACACUAAUCCUUUUCUCGAGCCCUAUAACGAAACUCUGGCGCAAGCGUCAAGUGAUACCAAAUCUAUGAACUGUUCGGAUUACUCGGAAACCAUCAGUAUUAGUUCAAACUCAGAUAAGGCCAGUCUGUGCAAUAGCAACGAAUACAGCCGUGAAGAUGUUCACGAUGAUGACGAAGAUGAAGGAAUUAUUACUUCCGAGACGCAUGCCAGUGUUGUAGAGGAAACGGCCGAAGAGCAGGAAUUGAAAACUGAACUUCAGCCAUUGAUCGAAUCGGACGAAUCGAAAACAACCACCGUAGUAAAAGUACUGGCCUCGCAAGCCUCGGUCACCUCGGUGAACAUUACGAUCGCGAGUCCUCACAUACAGAACGUGGAUAUUUCACCACCGGAAGCGGCAAUGCCCCACAACGAGCGGUUCAUGCGUUCGCUGUCGAUAUCGUCGAAUGAUGAGAACAAUCCCAACUGGAUGUCUCCGGAGCUGUUGGCGUACAAGCACAAUCUGGCUUUUCCGGAAAGUGCAUCGGCAUCGCCGAUCGUGAACCGGAAGGCGCCAGUGAAAUGUAGAAGAUUUUCCGUAGACCUGAGUCAGAUGCGUGCUCUUCGAUUGUUCUUCAACGAUGAGAACUGCACAUCCGGCCAGUUGGUGAUCGCAUCCAGGGAGUCCCAGUACAAGAUCCUUCAUUUUCACCAUGGUGGCCUGGAUCACCUAGCACAAGUCUUACACCAGUGGCACUGCCUGUUGCACAACAUCAAGCUGGCUCCAGGCCAGGAUGAACCGAACCUUCCUUAUCGACAGUUUAUGGUAUGUCGACCGGAAGUGCGAAAAGCCGAACUGCACCCCGAGGAAGGGAAGGUCAACAAAAUCACAACAGACUAUUUCUACGGGACGCUGCUGAAUGAGAAAGGCCAAAUAGAGGAUGAUCUACAGUUACGGAAAUGCGUGUUCUUUGGUGGACUGGAAAAGAGUCUACGCAAAACGGUUUGGCCUUUCCUGUUGCACUGCUACAGCACUAACUCGACAUUUGAAGAUCGAGCUGCACUGGCGGAAAUUCGGCGUCAAGAGUACGAGGAAAUUACCAGACGACGGCUGUACUCGAUGUCACCGGAAGCUCAGGCGCAAUUCUGGCGCACGGUACAAUGUGUGAUCGAGAAGGACGUAGUUCGGACAGAUCGUGGAAAUCCAUUCUUUGCUGGAGAUGACAACCCCAACAUCGAUACCAUGAAGAAUAUCCUGCUGAACUAUGCUUUCUACAAUCCCGGAAUGUCGUAUACCCAAGGCAUGAGCGAUCUACUGGCUCCCGUUCUGUGCGAGAUAAAAAACGAAUCGGAGACCUUCUGGUGCUUCGUGGGACUUAUGCAACGAGCUAUUUUCGUCUGCACGCCAACUGACAACGACAUCGACAGGAAUUUGUGUUAUUUGAGGGAAUUGAUACGACUUAUGGUUCCUAGUUUCUACAAACACCUACAAAAACAUACCGAUGCCACGGAAUUACUAUUUUGCCAUCGUUGGAUCUUAUUAUGCUUCAAACGUGAGUUCACCGAGGCCGUGGCGAUCCGCAUGUGGGAAGCCUGUUGGUCCAACUAUUUGACCGACUACUUCCACCUGUUCCUCUGUCUGGCUAUCAUCGCGGUCUAUGCCGACGACGUAAUUGCUCAAGACCUGCGAACUGACGAGAUGCUAUUGCAUUUUAGUUCUUUAGCUAUGUACAUGGACGGACAGCUGAUUCUGCGUAAGGCCCGUGGUUUGCUGCAUCAGUUCCGACAAUUCCUCAAAAUUCCCUGCACGCUGUCUGGAUUGUGUAAAAGGUGCGGACCAGGAAUGUGGGAUUCGGGACAUCAUCCAUCGAUCGAGUGCAUCGGCCAUUUGGACCAUGAAAAGUGUGCAUUGGCCGUAGAUUAAUUCGUAUGGGUAGGACAAACUACGAAACGAAUCGAUAAAAUGGAACAUUCCAGCAGUGAUAUGAAGACAGUUUCAAAAACCUUACGGGCAGCAUGACAGUGAAUCAGAUCAAGCUUUAUUUUACUUAGUUUAGGCACCACGUACACAUAAUGGAAUCUAUAUGUAGGAUAUUCGCUUAGUUUUUAGUUAGUUCUGAAGGUCACUAGGCUUUGAAUGACCUCAUUUAAUGGGAAGAAACACCUAGCUAAGUCUAUUUAUUGCAGAACUAUAUAGAUACUAAUGCUGUUAUUUUAAUGUUACGGAAAUUGAAUUUCAAACUUUUUAACUGAUAUGCUACAUAAGUUACUAUAUUAGUACACAAACUUUAACAAGUAGAAAUUGCAAGUGAACGGCAGCGAAUAAAUAUAUUAAAAUACAAUCAUACACACGCAGACACAAAGGCACAUAAGGUGCCAGGAUUAACGAAAAACAAUAACUAUCUAGUCUUGUAGCUUUGCUUUGUAAUCAUUACCAGUAACACGAUUAUCAACCAGCAGUAUGAUUUUUUGUAGCCAUGUCACAACCAAAAAAUAGUUGCUUUUAUAUUGAAAUCUGAUUUCAUACACCCCUAUCGAUAGAUGAAAAAUCAGGAGAUAUAAUCAAAAAAAAUAUAAUUAUAAAACGAAUGCG